CCCAUAGUAUGGCAUGAAAAUACCGCCUCAAAGUCUCAGACACCUCUCUCUCUCUCUCUCUCUCUCCUUCGAUUAGUAAUUUGGGUUUGGGAACUUUACAGGACCCAAAUACCAUGUUGGAGAAAGUUUCCCUUUCAAAAAUCGAUCUGAAUGCGCUUCAAAGGUGUCCUGUGGCUUUGGAGAAUCUGUUUUUGAGGUACCCAUCAAUCGUUUGCGCUUAAGACCAUGUCUCUCCUGUUACCUUUCUUCAGAAGCCGAUCAAAGGACGCUCCAAAUCUUCUUCGUGGGUUAGGUUCCUAUAGAAGAUUUCAGUGUCGUUGCUAUUCCAGAUCACCACAUUACAACAACAGAAGGCUGGACCAUCAGCCUUUAUUUCCUGAGAAACCUUCAGGCUCUUACUCAUGGCGUACUUAUAUUGUUCCCACAGCUCUAGUUGUAGUGAUUGCUGGAGCAGGCAUUUUUGUUCAUUAUAAUGAUGAAAGGAGAGCAGUUCUAAAAGGUCACAUUGUGCUUUACUGCCAUCAGACUUUCCCAGCAUCCGUUGCUUAAAUGUCAAACAUCUCACUUUCACAGGUCUGCAUACUACUGUUGGUUGUUCUAGUUUCUCACAUAAUUACAUGAAUCUCAGGGUUUUGUUUUGAUUUGGUUAAUUUUUGAAAUUUUUUUUUUUUUGGUGAUAAUUUAUGAUCUAUGAAAAUUUUCGCCUGUUGUAUUAAGCAUUUUGCUGCACUGUACAAAUUUAGAAGAAACUUUGGAAAUAUGGGACUUCAUUAUUGACUUUGGCUAUGGCUGCAUCUAAAUGCCUAAAACUAAAAUUUAAAUUCUUCAUGCAACAAAUUCUGUCAUCUUGUCAAGAUCUUAAAAAGUAAAAGAUGCUUCAUCAUUGAGAUCUUAUAAAGGAUAGUAGGGACUCGGGACACGGGAUUGCUGUAUUAUCCUGUUUUGCUCCUUUGCCAGACUCACUUGGAACCACUUCCUUUAAGGCUUCAUCUGGUUGCAAGGGAAAUGAAGGGAAGGAAAAUGAAAGGAAAACAUAACUAAAAUGUAAACUUUUGUAAUUAUUUAUCAGAAAUGAUUGUGUAACUAACCUCAAAACAUUCCAAAUUUGGCUGUUAAGUUUUUCAAUAUUUUUUAUCAAUUCCUUGGAUUUGAAAAGUUAAGGAUUCCAUUUGGAAAGUUUAAAUACCAUAUUUGGUACGAGUUUGAGGUAGUUACACAAUCAUGAUUACAAAAGUUUCCAAUUUCUUUUCUAAAC